AUGGCAUCCUCCGCCGAUCCCGGUCCGGUCUACUUCUGGAAAGAGUCUGAUCCAGAGGCCGGGUAUCUUUCGCAAUGGUACUACUGUCCGUUCCGCGAUGACAAGGAUGAAAGGAUCAGGUAUAAGACCGCUGAACAUUAUAUGAUGUUCCAAAAAGCCAUGCUUUUUAAAGAUGAACACACAGCCAUCGAAGUGCUGAGAGCAGCAACACCUCGCAAAGUGAAAGCUCUUGGACGCAAGGUCAAAAAUUUCAACGAAGCAACAUGGCUCAAGCAUCGUUGUGACAUUGUACGACACGGCAACAUUCUCAAAUUCACUCGUGCUAUUUCGGAAAAGGGGUACAAAAAGGGUUCACCCGGAGGCAAGCCUCUCGAGGGAUCAUUACUCGAUACGCUGCUCCGUACAGGCGACAGAGAGCUUGUCGAGGCGAGUCCGUUUGAUCCUGUUUGGGGUAUUGGGUUCAAGGCCGCCGACGCAGAGGCCGCGAGGGGGUCAUGGGGCGAGAAUCUGCUAGGGAAAGAGUUGAUGGCGGCCAGAAGUAUCCUGAGGAAGAAGAGAGAUCAAGGACAACUGUAG